AGCACACACAUACCCUUCAUGGCCCUGGAGUCAUUGUUUCUGAAAGAGGAACAUUUUGGACAUGCUCUCUGUGUCCCACGGUGUCAUUUACCUGUCGUCUAUCUAGCACAACCUAAAUCUUUCUCUUAGUGGGUCUGUGACCUGUGUGUGAAAGGACUGUGGGUUGGCAGUCGCACCAUCCUCGGGCCUGCAUCCAUUCCAGCGGAGUUCCCACUGUCUAAUGGCCUGUCUGGUUCAUCUACAUAACUGUUAGGUGGCUUUUCUGAGACAGGGUGUAAAGUAUGGUCUCGUUGAUUUUUUUAAUUUCAUUCACUUACUCAGCAGACAUUGGCCUGAUGGCUGCUUUGCUGAGACAGAAGGGAGAAGGAGGACUGGGCAAGGCAGAGGCCCUCAAGAUAAGGGGUCAGGAAGGGCCUCAAUGAGAAGGUGAUGUGGCCAAGCACCAGCUAAAGGGAGGGAGCCUCCCUGGCAGAGGGGAGGUUCAAACAGGGUUCUGAGCAGCCUCAUAGCCAUGGAGGGGCCAGGAAGUUAGUUGAAGCCAAGGACAGUCGCUAUUCCCAUGGAAGGCAGAUGCAUGACCCUGCUGUAACAGGGCCAGGUUCUGGGUGCACUAGGAGAGUGGAUUUGGAGUAGAGUGUGAAAGAAUGAGGAGGAAAGGUAGUUUCAGGAUCAGGUCUUGGGUAGAGGUGCCCAGACCAAGCUGGGGGCAGAAAUAGGAGCCUAGUGUUAGAUGUUAAGUGUCUGAGAUGCCAAAGAACAUCUCCAUGAAGAUGUUGAGUUGGAGGGAAGGGGAUUGCCAGUUCAACUGCACCAAAAAGGAGACCCUAGGCUCCACUGAACAUUCAGGAUUGUAGGAUAACCAUGGCCAGUGCCAGAUAUGUGCAGGAUGUGGGGCAGGAAGAAGCACGGGCAGGAGCAGGAGUUGGUCUGGCUUAAGGCCUUAUGGCCACAUGUGCCACAUGCCUCCUGUGUCAUCUGUACCCACUGGGAAGGCCCUGAAUGAGGUUCCUAUUGGUGUUUAUCGUUGGAUCCUGGCCUAGUUGCAGUGGGGCCAUAGUGCCAGUGACUACUUCUGCCAGGUUCCCAUAGGACCAGAGCUGUAUUAUACAUGAAGGUCAAAUUCUCAAACAGGUGAGGAUGGCUGGAGGCCUUGGCUGAGGGAGCAAUGUCCAGGAGACUUGGUAGAGACCAACUUGCAGGAGCACAAGAGACCAGUGUCAUCCUAUCAACAAGGGGCAAGGAUCUGACCACAUGGAAGUCAUGGGAGACCCUGACCAGGGCCACUUUCUGGUGGGGUGGGGGUACGGAGACCACUCAUGGAGAGGUAUCUGGACGAGACCAUGGGGAAGAUGACUGACAAUGAGAGAUGGCAAGUCUGUGGGCUGGUCGAGUGGAUGUGGGUGUUGGAUACACUGCCAAGAGGGCAGGAGGUGGAGUGGGUGGUGGAAAUGGCUUCUUCAUCUUUGUUCUGAGAUCUGGUGAGGCAGGCCCACCCUGCCUCACACCCAUUUUUUUUUCAAAUUUUAUUCUUAAUCUGUUAUCCAGCAUCUAUCGUUCAUGUGAAUUCAAGGUAGUUUUACUCCUUUAAGAGGCACCUGUUGGAAUCCUAAUUAGAGUUGCACUGACACAAGCACACACAGAUUUGGGGGGAAUGGACAUUCUUGGUGAAUAAGUCUACCAUUGUGUUCCGCAGAGGCAGCUGCAGUUGGGAGUUCAGGAUUUGUAUUCCCAAAAGUUGUCCAUGCAAACUUACACAAAAAUCUGAUAUUCUACAAAGAAAUCAAACAAACAGAUGAAGCACCCUGUUUGUUGAGGUACCUGCUGAGCUGCAUGCAUGAGAAGGUUGAUCACCAUCUUGUACCAUUUUUCGUAGAGUGAUCUGCCCACUUGGCUUCUGUGUCCCUGUUAUAGACACCCUUUGGCACUCCAAAAGAUGUGAACCCCAUUCCCCCAUUAGGAGAGCCUUUGGUCCCCCUUUUUUCCCCCGUAUUUUGAGUAUGAUAGACAUCUCAGCUUAAUUUAGCCUGAUAAGUCCCCAGAACCUGCUCACCCCCAGGCCUCCACAUCAGGUGUUCAGACCAAAUCCCUGGGUGACUCUGUACUUAAUCCUCCAGAAUCAACCAUUUGUCCUGCCUCCGUUCCCAGUCCCUGGUGGAGCCACCACCAGGCUGAUGACCCCAGCCUCAGUGGAGCAUCAGGGCAACUGGGGCACAACCACAUGAGACUGAGGCAUCAGUGGGGCCACAGGAGUUACGGUCAAGCCAAGCAUGCCAGACCUGGGGUGAGGCCCCCACAGGAGUGUGGACCUUGAGGAAAGCCUGUCUUCACUGGGAGAUUGUCUGUGGAGGCAGCCUGGCCUGGGACCCACACCAGACCUGAUGAACAUUUCACACCUAUGUGAAUGCUCUGGCAUGGGCCCUUGUGCCUAGACUGUGGGCCUGAGCAGGUGCCUCAGAGUCCUUGCUAGCUCCCUAGCUGAUCAUAAAGACCCCAGGUCUGGAGAGCAAAACCUUGUGGCUGGGCCCAUGGGAAGAGUUCACAGUGGGGGCUGGACUCCCUCAGAACUCAGGGUCUGUGGGGGCAAGGGUGGGCCCCUCAUGUGCUCCCUCCUCUUCCUCAGCCCCACAGGCUCCUCUGACUUCCAUCUUCCUUGGAAACCUCAAGGGAUCACGCGAUGGCAGCAGCCAGGCUCCUACCACCACCAGCAGGACCCCAGCCCCUGUCAUUCCAGGCCAAGGUGACCUUUGAGGAUGUGGCUGUGCUCCUCUCCCAGGAGGAGUGGGACCGCCUGGGCCCUGCUCAGCGGGGCCUCUACCGACACGUGAUGAUGGAGACCUAUGGCAACGUGGUGUCACUGGGACUUCCAGGAUCAAAGCCCAACGUGAUCUGUCAGUUGGAGCGAGGAGAAGAGCCAUGGGUCCUGGAUGGGCAAGGGGCUGAGGAGACUGGGGGCUUGGGCAUUGGCCAUUCAGAUAACUCCAAACGUGACCACAUGGCAGCUUGUAGGCAGCAAGACGGUUCACCCUGUCCAUGGGAAUAUGAAAACAAGGGAGAGAACCAAAAUAGGGACGUGAGUCGGAAGCCAUUUAUUUCAGAGGAAAUAUCGGUGAUCCUGGGGAAAGCACCCAAAGGAUGGAUUGAUCCAAAAAGUUAUGAACCUGAGCAGAGUUUCUGUGUGAGUCCAAGCCCUGUUGGCCCACCUGAAGUUCAGGUCUUGAGCCACAGUGUGCCUCUCUCUCAGAAUCAGGCUGUUCCUAGUGGGGAGAGACCCUACAAGUGCACCGAGUGUGGGAAAUGCUUUGGUCGGAGCUCCCAUCUCCUCCAGCAUCAGAGAACACACACUGGAGAGAAGCCCUAUGUGUGUGGUGUGUGUGGGAAGGCCUUCAGCCAGAGCUCUGUCCUCAGUAAACAUAGGAGAAUCCACACCGGCGAGAAGCCCUACGAGUGUAACGAAUGUGGAAAGGCCUUUCGAGUGAGCUCAGAUCUUGCUCAGCAUCACAAGAUACACACGGGAGAGAAGCCACAUGAGUGUCUUGAGUGUCGGAAGUCAUUCACUCAGCUCUCGCAUCUUAUUCAGCACCAGCGGAUCCACACGGGAGAAAGACCCUACGUGUGCCCACUGUGCGGGAAGGCGUUCAACCACAGCACCGUCCUGCGCAGCCACCAGCGGGUGCACACCGGGGAGAAGCCACACGAGUGCGCACAGUGCGGCCGCGCCUUCAGCGUGAAGAGGACGCUGCUCCAGCACCAGCGGGUGCACACCGGGGAGAAGCCCUACACCUGCAGCGAGUGCGGCCGGGCCUUCAGCGACCGCUCCGUCCUCAUCCAGCACCACAACGUGCACACUGGGGAGAAGCCCUACGAGUGCGGCGAGUGUGGGAAGGCCUUCAGCCACCGCUCCACACUGAUGAACCACGAGCGCAUCCACACAGAGGAGAAGCCCUACGGGUGCUAUGCGUGCGGGAAGGCCUUCGUGCAGCACUCUCACCUGACCCAGCACCAGCGGGUGCACACCGGGGAGAAGCCCUACGUGUGCGGCGAGUGUGGACACGCCUUCAGCGCCCGCAGGUCUCUGGUCCAGCACGAGAGGAUCCACACGGGCGAGAGGCCCUUCCGCUGUGCACAGUGUGGCAAGGCCUUCAGCCUAAAAGCAACACUGAUCGUGCACCUGCGGACCCACACUGGGGAGCGGCCCUACGAGUGCAGCCGCUGCGGCAAGGCCUUCAGCCAGUACUCCGUGCUCAUCCAGCACCAGAGGAUCCACACGGGCGAGAGGCCCUACGAGUGCGGGGAGUGCGGGCGCGCCUUCAACCAGCACGGGCACCUGAUCCAGCACCAGAAGGUGCACAGGAAGCUGUGACCUCCUCUGCCACUAGGAGAACUCCCCUCCCCCGCCCCCCCAGCCCGGGAGAAGGUUCUGGUAGCUCCGUGGGAUGCCAUUGUUUGGUCAUUUAGUGCCACAAGUAACUCCAAAGAGAAGCACUGAGCAUGUUCCUAUGGAAGAAUGAUAGAGCAUGCCUGUUUUGUUUUUCUCCAUAUCUUGAAGUUAUAUUGAAGAGUAAAUAACACAACUAUGGUAAAUUUUGGUAAAGACACCCAUAAUUCUUCAACAUUAGAAAGUUUAUUGGAAGAAACUGAAGGAAUUGAAGACAUAAGGAUUACUAUCACAAUGAAACUUUCUUACAUUCUAAAUAAAGAUUUUUCUUAGAAUAUUACAUGCCUUUCCUAAAAACAGUAACUAUUCUAAUUAUUUCCUCUAAAAUUAGAAUUGGAUUAUGUGCGGUAUUCUGUGAAAACACUAAAGUGUGUGGAUAAAAUGAUAUAAAAAAAGAUUGUCAUCAAGUAUCAUGAUGUAAUAUGGCUAGAAAUGCUAAGUGUGUGGAACCACUUGUUUUGUAUGAAAAAAAAAGUCUAAAUAUUAGUGAGAAAACACUUCA